UCUCUUACCAGCCUGCACACACACACACACACACACACACAUGCACACACACAUCCGUCACUACACCACACGCGCUCUGAGACUAGACACACACCUCCUCAGUGACGCCCGGGGAGCUGAAGCAAAACUGACGAGAGAGAGGAGGGAAGGAGGAGAGAGAGAGAAAGACAUGUGAGGAGAGAAGAAGAAGAAGAGGAAGAAGAAGUGUGCAGAAUUUCAAGAAAAACAGAGAAGCAUCAGUCAGGAGGACUAUUUUCGACAGAUGCAGUGUGGACGGCUAGCAGCUGUUGCUGCAAGUUGAGGAGCGAUAUUUGACACUUGCAUGCUGUUAGGACGACGGUGUAGAUCGUGUCUUGAGGAAUUAAGGUUGUCCAAUCGAAGAGCUCCCUCCUGAGGCCGCCUGCUGACUGAUAACAAACACAACUCUGUAAAACCACCAGGAGCUUCAUGAGUGUUUGCACAUAACCUCCACCCCACCUCUCUCUGUGUGUGUCAGUGUGUGGCACCAUGCUGUGGACAGUGCUACUAGCGCUGCUGGUGCUUCUGCUGCUGCAGACUCAGCUGUCUGUGUGCUUAAGGGAAUUACGCAGCGGGGGUUCCAGCCCGCCUGCCCGCUCCUCUUCAUCCUCCUCCUCCUCCUCUUACAAUGCCACCCAGCAGCGGCUCCCUGGAGCUAUUAUCAUUGGGGUGAGGAAAGGAGGAACCAGAGCCCUGCUGGAGAUGCUCAACCUGCACCCAGAUGUGGAGGUGGCAAAAGCUGAGGUGCACUACUUCAACGUGGAGGAGCACUACCGUCGAGGUCUGGCCUGGUACCGAGCACAGAUGCCUUUCACCCUCCCUGGUCAGCUGACGGUAGAGAAAACCCCCGGCUACUUUGCAGCUCCCCAGGUUCCUGAACAAGUCUGGGACAUGAACCCUGCUGUCCGCUUGUUGCUCAUUGUCAGGGACCCUGCAGAGCGGCUGGUGUCUGACUACACCCAGGUUCUCCAUAACCGCCUGACUCGCCACAAACCCUACCAACCGCUGGAGGAGCUCCUGCUCCUGAAGGGCCACAUUGACCCCGGGUACAAGGCCCUGCAGAGGAGCUUGUACCACCAGCAUCUGGCUCGCUGGUUGGAAGUCUUCCCCAUGGAGCAGAUCCACGUGGUGGACGGUGACGCACUCAUUCGGGAUCCCUUCCCCGAGCUGAGGAAGGCAGAGAGGUUUCUGGACCUCCCGCCCAGGAUAAGCCCAGACAACUUCUACUACAACACCACCAAGGGUUUCUACUGCCUCCUUUCAUCCGGACACGACAAGUGCCUGGAUGAGUCCAAAGGCAGGCCGCACGCCCCCCUUAGCAUCCAGGCCUUUAAGAAGCUCUGUCGAUACUUCAGAAAGCCCAACAAGUUGUUCUUUGAGAUGGUGGGGAGGUCGUUUUCCUGGUGCUGAUAAAACGGAGACUGUGGAGAUCAAACCGCUCCUGAACAAUGCCGACACUUUCAGGGACACUCAGAGAGAAAAAACUGUUGUUGUGUAAUUAGGUAGAAGAGUGGAAGGAUUUUAGUUAGGUUUGUUUUUGGUCAUGACCAUCUGUUGUUUUUAAUUACUCAGGUUAAGUGUGGCCAACGAAAGCAGCACAUGUUUGUGAAGAUACGUGGAGAAUUGAAUCAGCUUGUGGCCAAUACUAACCUUUACCAUGAUGCCUCCUCGGAAAGACUCUUUACCAAGCUUUGACAACUGUGCCAUACACAACUUUUAAGCUGUUAACAGAACUAACUGCACAUUUUUUGUGGAGUUUUUGAGAAGACGUGCAGACUUAGGAGGAUGUAGAAACGGUGAAAAGAUGGUUGGAUUCAUUAAUUGUUGCACUAUGAAGUCUGCAAAAAAAAGUCAAUCGACAAUUUCCAACAGAAUCAGACUUUUUGCUUUGUUAUCUCAAGAGCUGUUUUGUGUGUUAGCAGAAAUGUUUAAGUUUACACAUUUGUUCUUUGUUAUUUUUUAGAUGGACCACGGGACAUGUUUUGAAAUAGUAGAGCCCAAAACUAAGCUAACACAUUAUAACCCAUUGAUCCCAUAAUAAACAGACAGAAAUGACAGACUCA